AUGGAGAAGACUGCAGCCGUCGCCAGCUCUUCAGCGGUCAGACGCGACAGCCACAGUCAACGCGACCCCGAGCUCCCAGCAUAUUCUCAAGCCGACUCAAACAUCACAGUCGACGCUGCAGCUGUGUCACGCAUGCCCUCUCACCCUCAAGCCACCUCAGACAUCCCAACCUACUCAGACGCCGCAUUAGACACAACCACACGCCCAAUCUACAAUUUCGUCCGCGCCUCACUCCUCAGCUCAAAACUCCUCGUCCGCAGCAACGAUAUAGACAAAUAUUGCUUCGUCACCGACCACACCUCAAACUCAAAAGUCUGGAUCCAUGCUGGAGCGUCCAAGUCGAAUAAAGCGCUAGGUUGUCUGUCGUUCCCAGAAGCACAUAACACAUUUCGAAUCCAUUGUGCCAUUGUCAAUCAAGCGGGCAGUGCAGAUGAAUCGAUCAUUGGCCUUGACGAUAAAAACUUUCUGAAUGCUCCGCUGGUCGAUGUGGUUGCUGGGAUUGGAUAUCCACAUCCAAAGACGUUUACCUUGAAGGUGCCGAAGGGAUUGGAUUUUCGCUCGAAAGAACUCGUUUGGACGUAUCGAGGUGGCGAUAUCACUGGCUCGACUCCAGCACGAUACGACCUGCGCGAUCACAGUACCGGGNGUGCUCUGAUCGCUAGCCUGACAACAACAAAGGAGGGAAAGAAGCGAACAGCAGUGCAGUGGAUGAUCAAUGCAGAAAGUGAAUUGGAGCAGGCAGUGUUGAUCAUGUCUUGCAUUGGAAUCGUCACCAGGUUGUCGAGGAAGGCAAAGUAUUAUGACGACAAGGGCAUGUAUUCGAAAUGGAGGUUCCUUUGGUGGAUGUCGACAUUGUCUGCAGUGGCAGUUGCUUAG